AUUCCCACUUGCGUGUUUGUAGUGGGUAGAGCCGUGGCUUUGUGAGGAGUGGCUAGUGGAGCGGACUGACUGUCAGGGCCCCUGUGAGAAACGAGGCGAAUAUUACCCAAAGCUUUGGUUGUCAGCUCUUUGGUGGGGUCCUGAUCCAUGAGGGCGCUAUCCCAAUACAGACGAUCGCUUUAGAUCCUCAUUAACUGCACCGCGUAGGCUGGUCUCCUCCAUUUUGUCCUUUGUCAAAUACUCUCUGUGGCCCGCAGCAUGGGGGCGACUGUCUUCGUGCAGCCCCUGGACCUGGUGAAGAACCGCAUGCAGCUGAGCGAAGGGGCCAAGACCAAAGAGUACAAAACCAGCUUUCACGCUGUCAGGAGCAUCCUCAGGAAGGAGGGCGUCCGCGGCAUCUACACUGGGCUGUCGGCGGGGCUUCUGAGACAGGCGACCUAUACCACCACCCGCCUGGGCAUCUACACCAUCCUUUUCGAGAAGCUCACCAAGGCGGACGGCACGCCGCCCAACUUCUUCAUGAAGGCGGGGAUCGGCAUGACGGCUGGGGCCACCGGGGCCUUCGUGGGCACACCGGCUGAGGUGGCGCUCAUCAGGAUGACGGCGGACGGCAGGCCAUGCUCCAGAGGGGUCUGGGCCUCUGAACUGCCCCUUGCUCCCCUCCUCUGUUCCUGUUCCCAGGCUGCCCCCGACCAGAGGAGAGGCUACAGCAAUGUCUUCAACGCGCUGCUGAGGAUAACCCGCGAAGAGGGCGUGCUGACACUCUGGCGGGGCUGUGUCCCCACCAUGGCCAGAGCGGUAGUUGUGAAUGCUGCCCAGUUAGCCUCCUACUCUCAGUCCAAGCAGUUCUUGCUGGGCUCCGGUUACUUCCGAGACAACAUCUUCUGCCAUUUCUGUGCCAGUAUGAUCAGCGGGCUGGUGACCACGGCUGCUUCGAUGCCGGUGGAUAUCGCCAAGACCAGGAUUCAGAACAUGCGGAUGAUAGAUGGGAAACCGGAGUACAAGAAUGGGCUGGAUGUGCUGCUGAAAGUCAUCCGCUAUGAGGGGUUCUUCAGCCUCUGGAAGGGCUUCACCCCCUACUACGCCCGCCUGGGUCCCCACACGGUCCUGACCUUCAUCUUCCUCGAGCAGAUGAACAAAUUCUACAAGAAGUUCUUCCUCAGUGCCUAAAAGGAGGCCCUGCCCUGCCCUGCCACUCCUGGGCGCCCCCUCCCCAGACUGCAGCGCCUCCGCCGGGGAACCAGACCCGGCUCUCACCGGGUCCGAAGCAAGGAUCUGGCUGGAACCCCUCCCCUUCCUGUGUGUUUGGUGUCAGUCAUGUCACAGUUCUUCCCUGCUCCCCGAAUCACAUGAAAGGAUCGGCGGGGAGGACGGCACAGCUUCUGUCUGGACUGGGGUGGGGUGCUCCAGAUGGCUCUGGAUUAUUUAUUGGGGGGGCCCAAGACUGGGCCAGUACCUUGGAACGGAACCCCUGGGGUAGCAAUGGCCGACCCACGUGCAAGGUGUAGGUCUGUGCAUUGGGCCGAGGUUUUUAUCUUGUCUCUCCCCCUUCUAUUUGCUUUGAACUCAGUAAACUGAUCAUGGUCCUA